AUGUCCCCCUGGUGGAGCUUGGCCGCCAUCCUUACCCGGGCGGCCUGGGUCGGCGGCUUUCUCCUGUCAGCAGUUGUUGGCGUGCUGUGGUUUUUCCAAGAGAAACUUGUUUUCUACCCUGCAGGUACUCAAAUAAAGGCCUGUUGCCUUGCAGCGUACAUGAACAUCAUUUAUACCGUUAUGAAACUCCCCACAGCAAUACUCAUCUACUCCGGCUAUUUGCCGUUUGACGAUGUCUACAUCAGGACUAGUGACGGCGUGACCCUGCACGGUUGGCUUUUGCGUCAGCCAAAUGCAUUAAAAGCGCCCACCUUCCUUUACUUCCACGGGAAUGCCGGCAACAUUGGGUUUCGGCUACCCAACUUGGAACUGAUGUUCCGCAUGGUUGGCGUAAAUAUACUAAUCGUAUCAUAUAGAGGGUAUGGAUACAGUGAAGGGUCACCCACAGAAGAGGGUGUGUAUACGGACGCGGAGGCUGCAUUGGACUUCCUUUUGGAAAAUGGGACUGUCAACAACAAAGAUAUUUUUGUCUUCGGCCGUAGCAUUGGGGGGGCGGUUGCAAUAGAGCUAGCAAGACGCAGAAGUGACGAGCUGAAGGGUAUUGUGGUGGAGAACACGUUCACGUCACUGCUGGAGAUGCUUUACAUUGUCUUCCCUUUUUUGAGCCCAUUCAACCUGCUCGUAAAGGCCGUGCAGCGGAUGUACAUGUUGAACGAUGAGAAGGUUCGCACAUUGAUUUUGCCUGUUUUAUUCAUUUCGGGACGCCAAGACAGACUCGUCCCUCCGUCGCACAUGGACGUGCUAUAUAGCACGUGCGGUUCUCGCGUAAAGAUGCGAGAAGACGUUGAAAAUGGAGGCCACAACGACACAUGGGAAGUCGGGGGUCAAAGUUACUACAAUAGGCUUCGCGAGUUUGUCCAGGUGGCACUUUCUGAAUCAGCAUCUUCUGAAGUCACCCGCCACUCCGGGACCCAUUCAACAAUCAGCGAUGCGUCAACAAAUGUGUCAUUGAGACAGUUACGGUCGACUCCCUCCGUAACUGAGGAGGCAAUGUGCAAGUAA